AUGGAGGGGGCUUCUCUUGCGUUCACAACAGCCUCAUCAGCACCUUCAACUUUCCUUCACCAUAGGCUAACCAUUUUCAAACAAUCCCACACCAAUUCCUGCUUAUUACAUCCCAUAAGUACAUCCAUUUCGAGCAAUAUUUGUAGAACAAGAAAAGGCAAAUUUUCAGUGAAAGCAGUAAAUCAGAGUUCUUCUUCGAGAAAUCAAACUUUAUCGAGUAGCUGGGAUGUCUCAAAUUAUGCAGCUCCUUCAUGGCUACCCAGAUUCGAAGAGCUUGACACCACUAAUAUGCUCCUUCGACAGAGAAUUAUCUUCUUGGGUACUCAGAUAGAUGACGUGACAGCAGAUUUCAUCAUAACCCAGCUGCUAUUGCUUGAUUCCGAAGACCAGAAAAACGAUAUCAGAUUGUUUAUUAAUUCACCCGGUGGUUCUGUUACUGCUGGAAUGGGCAUUUAUGAUGCCAUGAAAUUGUGCAAGGCUGAUGUUUCUACCAUCUGCAUGGGCCUUGCUGCAUCCAUGGGUGCAUUCCUCCUUGCCUCUGGUAGUAAAGGGAAAAGGUUUUGCAUGCCUAAUUCGAGGGUCAUGAUCCAUCAACCUCUUGGAACUGCUGGGGGCAAAGCGACAGAGAUGAGCAUACGCAUCAGAGAAAUGGCAUACCACAAAGUUAAGCUCAACAAAAUACUAUCUCGAGUCACAGGGAAGCCUGAAGAGACGAUUGAAGUGGAUACUGAUCGUGAUAAUUUUAUGAAUGCUUGGGAGGCGAAAGAGUAUGGAUUAGUUGAUGCUGUUAUUGAUGAUGGCAAACCCGGACUAAUUGCACCCAUUGCAGACGCGUCGCCUCCACCCAAAACCCGGGUAUGGGAUCUUUGGAAAAUAGAAGGCAGCAAGAAAGCCAAGAAGAAUUUGCCAUCGGAGGAAAAGAUUUCGCAAAAUGGAUAUGCCAGUGAGCAGAAAAAUGAUGACGACAGAGGUACGGAAAAGGAAGAGGAANAGCAGAAAAAUGAUGACGACAGAGGUACGGAAAAGGAAGAGGAAGCACCUGUGCCUAUAUGA